AUGGUAUUAGCAAAUCAAAGUUUCCUUACUGACUUUGUCCUUCUAGGAUUUUCAACUUCAAAUCAACUUCAACCAUUACUGUUGAUAGUGUUUCUGAUGGUCUACCUCCUUUCAUUAGCAUGCAACAUCCUCAUAAUGGGCAUUGUGCAUUGUGACCAAAAACUCUGCACCCCCAUGUAUUUUUUUAUCAGUGCUUUCUCCUUUCUUGAGAUCUGCUACACCUCAGUCACCAUGCCAAGGCUUUUGAGAGACUUGGGCUCCCAGGACAAGGUUAUCCCACUACCAUUUUGCCUUACACAGUUUUAUUUUCUGUUUGCUUUUGGUUCCACAGAAAAUUUCAUACUUUCUACAAUGGCUUAUGAUAGAUAUGUGGCCAUUUGCAAACCUCUCAGAUAUAUGAAUAUUAUGAGCCAGAAUGCAUGUGUCUUCUUAGUUUUGGGGUCAUGGAUAGGAGGCUUUUUGGCUCCUCUUUUUCCAGUAAUUUUCCUCUCAACUUCUUUAUUUUGUGGCUCUAAUGAAAUUGACCACUUCUAUUGUGAUUUUCCUCCACUACUGUAUCAUUUUUGUGAUGUUGAAGAAGCUUCCAGGAUAGAAACAGUCUUCUUCUUCUUAGCUUGUACUGUCAUACUUGCCAAUUUUGCUUUCAUAUGUAUAUCCUAUGCCAUAAUUAUUGCUACUAUUGCCAACAUCCCUUCUCCAAGAGGUAGAAAAAAGACAUUGUCUACAUGUGGCUCCCACUUCAUAGUUGUAUUUAUGUUUUAUGGUUCCAUCAUUUUUAUGUAUGUAAGGUCUAAUGUCAGGAUUCCCACCAAAAUAGACAAGGUUGUAUCAUUGCUCUAUUGUAUCAUGACACCUAGUUUAAACCCUCUGAUAUAUGGACUCCGGAAUCAAGAAAUGAAGCAAGCAUUGAAAAGAGCUGGGAAUAUGCUCUUCUAA